GGCGUCGACGGACCAAACAUACGGAAAAGCGUGAGUUGCGUGUGCGUUGUUGACGUCGAUCGCAGCCGGUCCGCCACACAUUCAACAGUUUUUUCGGCGGUUAGCAACGAGACCUUCUUCUCAAAUUUUAAUUUUGAGAUAGAAAAACGCCGGCAAGAUGGGCUGCUCCACCACUGUCGUCAAGUAUCUGGUGUUUUUCUUCAAUCUCAUUUUUGCGAAGGCCGAGACGAUGUGAGCGAUGAAAAGCGUCGCCCAAGCACGUCAACAACAGACGAAAACAUUGACGAGUUCUUGCCGCAGGGUAGAACGGUCAAUAAGGAAUAUUGCCUUUAAGUAAUGCGCAAUUUGCGAGAAACGUACCUCCAGAAACGUCCGGAUUUGUGGAAGAACAAAUAUUGGCUUUUGCACCAUGAUAACGCCCCUGCUCAUGCAUCGUUACUUGUGCGCAAAUUUUUGGCCAAAAACAACACUCCAAUAAUGCAUCACCUACUGUAUUCUCCAGACCUGGCCCCCUUUGACAUUUAAUUGUUUCCGAAACUGAAGAGGCCGAUGAAAGGACAACCCUACACCACGAUUGAUGCUUCUAGGACUAGAAAAAACAUCACAAGUGUAUAAUGUCUGAUAGGGAUUA